UUAGAUUCGUUUUUAUAUUUUCUUCACAAUGGCAGAAAGGAGACUUCUUCCAAAGGAUGAUGAUGAGGGUUCUCUAUUUUCCAAACUUGGGACGGACAGUCCAAAACCACGAGUGAAAUUCGGGGGCAUGUUUUGUAAUGUCGAGGGAGCAUACGAGAAUAAAACAUUGAACUUUGAAUCGUUCAGUCCAAAUACUGCGCGAAAGCUUGCGAGAGGUCGGGGGGACUGCUUCUCUGAUACCUUCAGUGACACAGGGAGCGUCAGGAGCGACUUCUCCAGCGUCAGUCACACUCAAAAUCGACCUCAACCUGCGGCCAGCUCUCAAAGUCAAUCUAUAGUGUAUUCCACCGGAUCCAAACGUCUUAACGUACGACGUGAGAGUGAUCGCCUCAUAAUCAAAGGAGGCAAAAUAGUCAAUGAUGACCAGUCCUUCUACGCAGACGUUUACAUUGAGGAUGGGGUCAUCAAGCAGAUUGGGGAGAACCUCAUUGUGCCCGGUGGGGUGAAGACUGUGGAUGCCUACGGUCACAUCGUAAUCCCAGGUGGCAUCGAUGUGAACACCAGUCUGCAGGCCGCUCACCUGGGCAUGAACCCCGCCGAUGACUUCUACCAUGGCACUCGCGCUGCGCUGGCCGGGGGCACCACCAUGAUCAUCGACCAUGUUCUGCCAGAGCCAGGCUCCAGCCUGUUGGCGGCGUAUGACCAGUGGAGGGACAUCGCUGACAGGAGGAGCUGCUGCGACUACUCGCUGCACAUGGACAUCACCCGCUGGCACGAGGGCCUGGCGGAGGAAGUGGAGGCUCUGGUCAAGGACAAAGGAGUCAACUCAUUCCUCGUGUUCAUGGCAUAUAAGGACAAGUACCAGAGCUCAGAUAGCCAGAUCUAUGAAGUAUUUGGGGUUCUGAGAGACAUGGGGGCCAUUGCCCAAGUGCAUGCAGAAAAUGGUGACAUCGUAGAGGAGGAGCAAAAGAGGAUUCUAGAGCUGGGUAUUACUGGUCCUGAAGGACAUGUGCUGAGUCAUCCUGAGGAGGUGGAGACAGAGGCUGUGUAUCGUGCCAUCACUAUUGCGAAACAGGCCAACUGCCCUCUUUAUAUCACCAAAGUAAUGAGCAGGCAAGCUGCCGAUGUCAUCGCCAAGGCCAGGAAGAAGGGCAUGGUUGUGUAUGGAGAGCCAAUCACUGCCAGCCUGGGCAUGGAUGGUUCCCAUUACUGGAGUAAGAACUGGGCCAAAGCGGCUGCCUUCGUCAUGUCCCCACCCCUCAGCCAAGACCCCAGCACCCCCGACUACCUCAACUCCCUGCUGGCCUGUGGAGACCUUCAAGUGACUGGCAGUGCCCACAGCACCUUCUCCACAGCGCAGAAGGCUGUCGGAAAGGACAACUUCACCCUCAUCCCAGAGGGGACAAAUGGCAUCGAGGAGCGCAUGUCAAUCAUUUGGGACAAGGCAGUAGCCACCGGUAAAAUGGACGAGAAUGAGUUUGUGGCUGUGACCAGCACCAAUGCUGCAAAGCUCUUCAACAUCUACCCUCGCAAAGGCCGAAUAGCUGUGGGCUCCGAUGCUGACCUGGUCAUCUGGAACACCAAGGAGACCAAGACAUUUUCUGCAACCACACAUAACCUGACGGUCGAGCUGAACAUCUUUGAGGGCAUGGAGUGUCGCGGCUACCCCGUUGUGGUCAUCAGCCAGGGCAGGAUUGUCCUGGAGGGCGGCCAGCUCAAUGUGACAGAGGGCUCCGGCCGCUUCGUCCCCAGGAAGGCCUUCCCAGACUUCGUCUACAAGCGGAUCAAGGCCCGCAGCAGGAUGGCCGACGCACGUGGAGUUCCACGAGGAAACUAUGACGGACCGGUCCAUGAUGUCAUCAGUGUCACAAAGUCUGUACCGUCCACUCCCACCACCAGAGGGCCUCAGUGUCCAGGGAAGACAGUGAUGGCAGCAGGCAGAAACCUCCACCAAUCAGGAUUCACCUUAUCUGGAAAUCAGAUGGAUGAUCACAUUCCAAGGCGCACAGCACAGAGGAUCGUAGCGCCGCCUGGUGGCCGAUCCAACAUCACUUCCCUGUCGUGAGUCCUACGACCACAGUGACCACAUGCAAAGUGUAGCAACUCCAUCAACCUCAAUAUCCCAGAAGCAACACUUUCAUGCAAUUUUACAAUAAUUCAUAACCAUAUCAACCAUAGUGGUAUCUCAUGUAAGACAGUGCACACCAACUGGCAGAGUUAACUGUAGCUUACCCAUGCGAAUCCCCAUUCAUGUAGCCCAUAGUUAGUCUGUGAAUAGCCUCUGCUUUCUCCCACCACUGAGUCCCAGUUCUUUGGUUCCUCAGUGUAAACAAUAAUAGAAUAGCAUGCACCUUAUUCUGGUGACCAGUCAGCUGUAGCAUAGAUCUUUGGUUUCAUUCUCUCCAUCAGUAGUCAGAUAUCAUAGUCUGCCAUUUUCCUCUGGACUCAUUCUAGUGCAGUGUGAGUGCGUCUGUCCCCCUAGUCAUUCUCCACCAGGCCGGUCCAUAAACGAGUGUCUGCAUCGUGGACACAUUUGGAAAAGGAAACCAUACAAGCUGCCAGAAUUAAUCUCAAUAACAGUUAUAGUCAGAUUUGUCUACGUAUUUAACAAAAUGGUAGAAAUUUAGCAAAGUCGGAAAAAAUGGAUGUAGAUCAAUGGCUGUAGUCUUGUAGUUUUGCUUCGAUGAUUUCAGUCGUUUGAAAUGUUGCAAACAUAGGGAUGCCUGUAAGAUUCUGUUGUGAUUGGAUAAACAUCAUCAUUUCUCAUGCGUAAGAUGACCACCUCACCUUUUUUAAAAGAUAAUCAUAUGGUGCUCUAAGAAAAUUUCUAGUAAUACGGGACUGUAAAACAAAACAAAACAAAACAACAAAUAAUCACUUUUUAAU